UUGAGGAGAGUCAUGGUUUCACUUGUUGUAGUGGCAAUAUUUUUCCUUUGGAGGAUCCUCUUGCAAACCCCCCAGGCAGCAGCAUUUAUACCACUAUUUUCUGAAUCCAUCACCCACCGAAAAAUCACUCAGAUGGCCAUCCUCUACAAAACUGCAGAAGUGUGUCGUGACAUAGCCACUGCCAAGGGGCAAGUCUUCACACUAGCUAUCAACAAUAGACUGACUGCAUCUGCUGUCAAAAGAGCCUGCUCACAAUCAGAUGCUUCAUCUUCUGUUCUCUCUGCACUCAGUUUUGAUUCAGCUAUUGCUCUGAUUUAUCUAAGCAAUGCAGCCAUUGAUGGACAGUUCAUACUGAGUGCACAACAUCACAUAGAUAAUGAGUCUUUCAGAGAGGGGCGGGACCUCAUCACUCAGGGCGUGGCUGCAGUGAAAGCCAACAUGCGGAGGAGCUACAUCUAUGCUCGUAUCAGUCUGGGGGCUGUAUGUCAUACUUUACAGGAUUUUUAUAGCCACAGUAACUGGGUGGAACUGGCCAACACUGCGCCAUUCAGAAAUCUGAUCAGACCUGACCUUCCCCUCGACAACCUAGCAGGCCCCAACACACAGACAUGCAGAAACUGCAUUGGGACAAACUGUGGUGACAACAUUCUGCCAGAAAUAUUGCUGCAGAAGAAAUUAACUUCAGGAUAUUUUGGCUAUUUCUCCUCCCAAAAACCUGCAGGCAAGUGUAGCCAUGGUGGCUGGUUUGACAGGACUAGUUCAAGUGAACCCACUGGAGGCAUCAAUAAGGAUAAGAUCAGCUCAAAUCAUGGCUUCCUUCACAAUCGUGCUGCUGACAUGGCCAUCAACGCUACCAUGGAACUACUGGACGACAUCCGACUGGCCACAGGCAACCAAGACUUUCUUCGAUUGAUGGGCAUCAGUCAGACCUCAGUGCUGGCUUUUGUGAUUGACACCACAGGCAGUAUGUCUGAUGACAUUGCAGAGGCCAAGAGAGUGUCCUUCAGUAUCAUAGAUAGCAGGAAAGGAACACCAGAAGAGCCUUCAGAGUACAUUCUAGUCCCAUUUAAUGAUCCAGGUUUUGGACCUCUGGUGAGGACUGAAAAUGCAGAUAUUUUCAAAGAGAGAAUAAAUUCUCUUUCAGCAUCUGGUGGAGGAGACCUUCCUGAGAUGUGCUUAUCAGGACUGCUGUUGGCAUUGGCAGGAGCUCCUCCAUCUUCUGAGAUUUUUGUUUUCACUGAUGCUUCAGCAAAGGACUCAGAAUUAAAAAGCACAAUUGAGGCCAUGAUAGAAAGCACCAAGUCAACAGUCACUUUCUUGCUGACGAACCCCUCCUCAUUCCGUAAAAGAAGGGGUGUCUCAGAUUCUCAACAGUUUUCAUCAAGAGCAAUGUUUCAGUCUGAAAUACAGUUGUACAGAGAUUUGGCCUAUGUUUCUGGUGGACAAGCCAUAGAGGUCAUGAAGACCACACUGUCUCAGGCCACUGCAGUCAUUACAGAUACAUCUACCUCAGCCCGAGUGACCAUUCUUCAGGUAGUGAGAAAUCCAAGCAGGGCUGAAAACUUUUCUUUUGUGUUGGAUGAGUCCCUGUCCAAUGUGACUGUGUAUGUGACUGGGGUCUCCCCAGUUUUUACCAUCUACAGUCCCACAGGUGUGUCUCAGUCAAAUUCAGAGGCAGAUGGCCUGCUGGGUAGCAUCCAGUCUGUGGGGAAUUUGUGGAGAGUAAAACUCAACUCUGACAACCAAACAGGGGAAUGGAGGAUUAGCAUUAACUCUAUAGGCUCCUACACCCUUAAAGUCAUUGGUCAGAGUUCUGUGGACUUUCUCUUUAACUUUGUGGAGCGAUCUGAGCGAGGUGACUUUACACCGAAAGACAAUCGCCCUUUCACUGGUAGGAAUGCCACUUUGUUUCUCUCUCUGACCGGAGGAGACUCAGUAACAGUGACCGAAGUGCUUUUUGUCGAAGCUUCAGGAUCUGGUGCUGUUAAUGGAAUCAUCAAGUCAGUGGGUGGGACAGAGUUCCUAGUUGACUUUGAAAGAAUCCCAGAGGGGGCAUUUGUGGUCCAACUGAAGGGUCUGUUGAGUAGUUUAUCUCGAUCCUUGCCUAGCCGAUUCCAGAGGCAGUCACCCACCCAGCAGAUAGGAUCUAGAGUUACCAUCACGGUCAAAUCAUAUAGCAAUAUAGAGCCUGGAAUCCCUUUCAAUCUCAACUUUACAUUGGCCAAUAAUGCUUCUGGAGGAAAUUACACUAUCCGAGCCAGAACUGACCGCAAUUUCAGCGUGUCUGUCCCAAACUCCCUGAGCCUGGAGACAGGGGGCACCACUCAGGGAACUGUAAAACUGAUCACACCCUCAAACACAGAGUCAGGGACAGAUGCCACACUCACAAUUGAGGCUGAAGCUCCAGGGUCAACUGACUCCAAUUAUGUGACACUGCGGCUCACCGUCAUGGCAAAGGUAACAGAUUUCUCAAGACCUGUCUUUCAGAUAGUCAGCAUCAAAGCUGACUGUGCUGUGGAAUGCAGCAGAUCAUCAUGGGAAAUUUCUGCCAACUUGACGGAUGGUAACGGUACAGGCAUCGCCAGUGUGUACAUCAACCGUGGCAAUGGUUCCCUCAACACAAGUAAUGUGUUGUUUGAGGAUGGCACAAAUGGGAUUGUAGCUACCUACCAUGCUUCCUGUUGUUCUAAGGAGGUAGAACUGGUAGCUGUGGACAGGGUGGGAAAUGUUGGUACAUAUUUCACUUCUAUAAAAACCCUCACUGCAAGGGCUGAAGCCAGUGGGUGGUACUCUGUCUCUUCCGCAAUCUGUAUAUCUCUCUUGGGUUUAUUUGUUUCCUUUAAAAAUGUAUGAGGGUAAAUGAAGAUGCAUACUGAAUUAACCGAACAUUAUUGUGAACUAAGAAUUGUUGAUUAACUUUCACAAACAGCGGUUUUAAUUAUAUUGGGAAAAGUGCCUUUAUAAAUAAUAAGAAAAAUAAUGUAUAUACAUUGGUGGCCAACAGUUUAGAAUAAUGUACAGAUUUUGCUUUUAUGAAAAGAAAUUGGUACUUUUAUUCACCAAAGUGGUAUUCAACUGAUCACAAUGUAUAGUCAGGACA